GAGAAAACAGCAGACAUGCCUCGCGCAAGAAAACGAAGAGCCAAAGGCACAGCAAAUAUUUCACCACCUGAAACUGCGGAGAAUUGUUUGCUAAAAGAUUACGACGACAAUAUUACAAAAACUUUGGCUACAGCUGAAGACUUCGUUGUAAAUAAUCCUCCCUCACUGAUGGGGAUGCUGUACGGAGACUUGCCGCCAUCAGUUGUUUGGAAAGUUUUGUAUCUUGUCAAUCGUCAGAUCAGUUCUGAGGAAGAAUGCACCCUUCUGUGCUUGCUGACAGAUUACUUGGCAGGAGAAUGUGUUGACCUUGGACUCCUAAACCCUGGCCACAAGUACAACACGCAGACACAUGUCUUACUAGAAGAGGUAGCCAAUGCCUGGAAUAAUGUUCUACAACAACCUCGUGUGUUCAAAGAUGACAAGUUGCUGAAGUCUUUACUGUCCAAUUUGAAGAAAAGUGUAUCCUCUUUCACUGUGUUUGGAUUUGCCCACUACUUUUCAAGGACACUAGACAUUGUGAGUAAACAUGAACUUAACCAAACAAUUGUUCCAUUUUUCACCUACCCUAUGGUACCAAAGAACUAUUCCAUCCCAGAAUACAAGGUUAAGAGGAUUCUGUCAGCUGGAAGGAUACCAAGACAGGAUGUGUAUAAGUCAUAUCAGGACACUGUGUGUAAGCCAGUACCACAGACGCACAAGAAAUCCAGAUGGGAUAGUUCAGACAUAGAAUGGGUACCUUCAGAUGACGACAUGGACUCAUCCUUCUGUAACUCGGAAUUUGAAGGAAAGGAUUCAGAUCCUGCUAGUGAUGAAGACUCUUCACUGAAUUCGGUAUCUGAGAAAUUGAUUACUAACAUUAAAGAACCAUUAAAGGAUGUAUCCAAUUACAACAGCCCAGUCAAACCCUCUAAAAAGGGCCAGAAGACUCAUAGAAAUUGUUUGGGAGAAUUGGAAGACCAAGGAAAAAAAGCAGCAUUUGAGCAUAAGGAGAAUUACAUUAGCUGGAAAGAUCAGGACCAUUAUGACUUUGGAUACUCAUCACCUCCCAAAGAUAAACAGUCAGUUAACUCAAUGAGAGAUACAUAUUCUGAUUACUCAGAUUACUCUGUCUCUCCCAUAAACUGGAAAAGAUGUGAAGACAGUCCUCCAAGAAGCAGAAAAGAAGAUGCAAGAGCAAAUGAAAGGAAAGCAAUGAGAAAUCUGUAUUCUGAUUACUCAGAUUAUUCUCUCUCUCCCAUAAUCAGGAAAAGAUGUGAAGACAGUCCUCCAAGAAGCAGAAAAGAUGAUGGAAGAGAAAAUAAAAGGAAAUUGAAGAAAGCACUGAGAGAUCUGUAUGUUGAUGAAUCAGAUUAUUCAGUUUCUCCCACUGUCAAGAAAAGAUAUGAAGACAGCCCUCCAAGGUAUAGAAAUGAUGAUUUCAGAGGAAAAGACAAAUUGAAAACAUCACUGAGAGAUCUGUAUGUUGAUGAAUCAAGUUAUUCACUUUCUCCCAUCGUCAAAAAAAGAUAUGAAAACAGCCCUGCAAGAUGCAUAGAAAAAGACAUUGGGCAAAAAGACAAGAAAGAGAAAAGAAAACAAAGAGACAACAACCUAGUAAGUUACAGAAAAGAUAUCUUCAGUGCAAAGAACAAGAAAUUGAAAACAUCAGAAGAUCCAAAAGAAGAGAAUUUUAGUUCUGACAGUGCACAUAGGAGAAAAGAACCUUGCGAAAGAUGGACAAACAUGUCUGGCAGAAAGGAAAAAAGCAACAAUGCAAUGGAAACUUGGGGAGAACUUUAUCAUGAUGAAAAUAUCUACUCUCAUCCAGCAAAACCCAAUGAAAGAAACAAAGGGAUUCCUUUAAAGCUGAAGAAAUUGUCUGGUAGCACACAUCAUAAGAGUGCAGAUGCAGAGAAACAACAGUCAAGAGCAAAGAUGAUGAAGGCUUUUUCUGAUGAUUCAAAUUCUCUGCCAGAUCUAGAUGAUCAGAGUGUACCUACCGACAAUAAGCAAUGUUGGAAGGAUUCUAUGGAUAAUGGUCAAGAGGUUGAGGAAGAUGAUUAUUAUGCCAGGCGAGUUGGAUUUAGGUCUUUUAAUGACACUGCAAGUGAUGUGGAAAGUCUCUGCUCCUCAGAAUACAAUGGUGGCGAGGCAUCUGUGAAGCACCUUAUUUCAUGUGAAGAUGAUGAGUUUUCUAUUUUGGAGAAAAGCAGGUUUGUUAUGGACAAAAAACAGAAACAUGAUACAGAUUAUAAGAGAAAUAUACAAGAAGACAAAUCAGUCUCUGGAAAAACAUUCAGAAUGUGUCAUGAGACCAAAGCCAAAAGCAAAGAAAAUCUAAGAGAAAACUCUGAAUUCUUGAACGAUGAUAUGAGUUGUUCUUCUCAGGCAACCAAGCAAAAAAAACGUAAAGAUUGUAAAGAAGAUGUCUAUGGAAGUCCAGCGAAGAAGUCAAGGCUCAUUUCAUCUCCAAGAAGCAGAGGCCUAGAAAAUGAAGUGAUUAAGAAAAGUCUGUGUGAUGAAAGCUUUCAUUGUGCUACUCCAUACAGAACUCCAGAAAUCGCCAAGCCUAACAACAGAGAUGUAGGACGAGAGAUUCUUCCAUCCAGCCCACAAAACCCUGGGAAGACGCCCUCCAAGUCUAGGAACCAAGACAUUCGCAAAUUUUUCCAAGGUUGUUGUUAACACUUGAGUCCUUUAUCUGAAUGUUGUGAUUUUUGCCCUAGUCAGCAAUGGAAGUGCCAACUUUCUCAGUGUUAUAAUUCUUAUUACAGUUCAAAUGUUCAUUACCUUUUCUUGGAGGAAAUGCAAAUUAUAGUUUUCUAAGUAUUAGAUUUUGUGUUUCUUUGACAUGUAUUAUUUUAAAAGGCACAGUUGGUAAAUCUUGCCACAAAAAACUUUGAAAAUAUGUAGGAAGUUUUAUGGUUUUAGACAAUUAAUGUAAAAGUUAGUGUUGAUCAGUGUUGAAAAAGGCCAAGGUACAUGAAAUAUGUGAAUAACAUUGAAUAUUCUUAAGGUACAAUAUUCUUUUUCUUAUAGUUAAAAAGUUAUAACUUAAAAUAAUAUAUUUUUGUGAAGUAACUUUUUACUCAUUUAUGUUGACUGAAAUGCAGGGAGCAUUUUUAGCUCAAGAAACAUCAGGCUUAAGGGAGUUUGAUUGAAGCUUGAAUUAUUCCUGUUCUUCUCUAUCAUUAUAAUUCAUUUUAAUAUGCUAUUUUACAUUUGAGGGGCAAAAUGGAUAAGAAUUGCAACAUUUUUCUUUCCAUUAUGUAUUCAAUGAAGAUUUAAUUUGAAAAUCAAUCUCUGGGUCAAUAUUUGAGUGAGAUCAAAAUAAAAAAUUAAAACACCUUGAAUAUAUAAGGAGGCAAGAAGUAAAGUUAUACAAGAUCCCCAGAGUGCAAAGCUGCUCAAAUUAUUCGUACUUUAUUCAUCAAGCAUGAUAUUUAAGCAAGUCAAUAAUACCAAGCCCUUCCAAAAUUUACUUCACUCUUUCCAGUAAUAUACAGAAACUUAUUAUUAUAUACAUGUACCUCAGGUUUAUGUAUAGAAAAAUCCACAGUAGUCAUCAUCUAUAGAGGGGAAGGAACUGCAACAAUUCAAUAUGCUAGCUUUUUAAUUAUGUUCUUCAAAUCAUGAUCCCCAGUGCUCGUAUGUUGCUGUAGAACGUUUGUAAAGAGUUUGUAUAACGGAGUUAAAUAUUCCUUUGCAGUGUAUAUUCAAAAAUUUCAAAGUGGUAUGCAAAUUAUAGUUUAAGUUGAGGUUUGAAGAAAUUCUCUCAUUUCUUUCUAUGGAAUAUUAAAUUUACAAAUUAUUACAGUAAAGUGCAAGGAAUUAAUUGAAAGAAAGCAAAUUGGUCGAAGUGUUAAUUUGUGGGUUGCAUGAAGUCACAAAAGGGUUACAAACGUUCUGACAGAAUUGUAUAGACUACCCUAGAAUUCAUGAUGACCUCUGACCAUGAACUGAGAACAGACUUGAGUCAAAAAUUUCAAAUCACUGUAACUUUCGAAAUAAUUUGAUAACGAAACAAAUUUUUGCCAUAUAUUUAAAUUAGAAUAUGAUGCAAAACUGAAUUUUUUAAUAUUAACAUAUGAACAGUACAGACCUGUUACAAUAAAAUACCUACUGCAAAAUUUUAAGCACAAUCAUUCAAUAAAGCUCAAAAAAAUAAAAAUCAAAAUUUUGACUUAAGUCUGUUCCCGGUUUAUGGUCUUGGGGCUGGUCAACCAUUGCAAUCUAAGGUUCCUGUUUUAAGUUUUAAAUUUUACUCUCUUUUUAAUUGGAGAGGUACGUGUAUUGUUUCAUGGAGUGUUGAAUUUUAGGUUUGAUAAGUUUUACAAGUACAUGUAGAGACAUUAGAAGUUAUUUAGUAGUUGUAAAAGUAAUAGUAAAGCAUGCAUCAUUAUGGUAGUGCUAUUAAUAGUGUUUAGUGCUAGUAUUAUUUUGAAAUGAAGAAACACCUAAUUAUUUGAAGACCUUUAUUUUGUUUUAAACGAAUAAAUUCAGGGGAAAGUAGAGGAAGAUUAAAUGCCUACAGCUUUUUGAUAGACUGAAUAUCAAUUUUGAUAUACAGUAUUAAAGAAAAAAAAGUGAAUAACAUGAAACGAACAAAGAGUAUUUUGGGGUGAAGAGAGUCAUGUAAAUAAGAUUUUUUUGUUUCCUUUUUGUAAUCAGUAGUGCAUGUGUUACAGUAGUGCUUUUCAGAUUGUUUUAGUAUUAGUAUUAUUCUGAAGAAAGUGUGAAGUCCUUAAUUUUCUAAAUACAUGUACGUUAAUACCAUUAU